UUCCCUCCGGCGAGUCAGCGCGAUGGUGAAUUUCCGUUUCCGGUGGCUUCCAUGCGGACUUGAGGAGUUGCGAUUUGUGUUCCGAUUCAGUGCCUGGCUGUGGUUAGAGUUACUUGUUAUUGGUAAAUAGCCACUAUGGAGGCUAAGGACCAGAAGAAACACAGAAAGAAAAACAGUGGGCCCAAAGCUCAAAAGAAAAAGAAUCGGCAUCUGCAGGAUCUCCAGCUAGGAGACGAAGAAGAUGCCCGGAAGAGAAAUCCCAAAGCCUUUGCAGUUCAGUCUGCUGUGCGGAUGGCUCGAUCCUUUCACAGAACUCAGGAUUUGAAGACAAAAAAGCAUCAUAUUCCAGUGGUUGAUCGAACUCCACUAGAGCCCCCGCCAAUCGUGGUGGUCGUGAUGGGGCCUCCAAAAGUUGGAAAAAGCACUUUGAUACAAUGCCUCAUUCGGAACUUCACCCGGCAGAAGUUGACGGAGAUCAGAGGCCCGGUGACAGUCGUGUCAGGUAAAAAGCGCAGACUCACCAUUAUUGAAUGUGGAUGUGACAUUAACAUGAUGAUUGAUCUGGCUAAAGUAGCAGAUCUGGUACUGAUGCUUAUAGAUGCCAGCUUUGGGUUUGAAAUGGAAACGUUUGAGUUUCUAAACAUCUGUCAAGUACACGGCUUUCCUAAAAUUAUGGGAGUUCUCACCCACCUCGACUCCUUCAAGCAUAAUAAACAACUGAAGAAGACAAAGAAGCGAUUAAAACACAGGUUCUGGACAGAAGUUUACCCGGGUGCAAAGCUGUUCUACCUUUCUGGAAUGGUGCAUGGAGAAUAUCAAAACCAAGAAAUCCACAACCUGGGCCGUUUUAUUACAGUUAUGAAGUUUAGGCCUCUCACAUGGCAAACUUCUCACGCUUAUAUCCUGGCAGACAGGAUGGAAGAUUUGACAAACCCAGACGAUAUCCGAACAAACAUCAAAUGUGACCGGAAAGUGUCUCUUUAUGGUUAUUUAAGAGGAGCACACUUGAAAAAUAAAAGCCAGAUUCACAUGCCAGGUGUAGGAGAUUUCACCGUGAGUGACGUCAGUUUCCUCCCAGACCCUUGUGCUCUUCCUGAACAACAGAAGAAGCGCUGUUUAAAUGAGAAGGAGAAGCUGGUUUAUGCGCCUCUUUCUGGAGUUGGGGGUGUGCUGUAUGACAAAGACGCUGUAUAUGUUGACCUUGGUGGCAGCCACGGUUUUCAGGCAUCGGAUGAGGUGGGGUCCACCCAUGAGCUGGUCCAGAGUCUCAUCUCCACCCAUUCCACCAUUGAUGCCAAGAUGGCUUCAAGUCGAAUGAUGCUGUUUUCUGAUUCCAAGGCACUUGGGUCAGAGGAUAUAGAUAAUCAAGGGUAAGUCUGCUUUUUUUCUAUUUUUAAUAAAAGGAUGUAUUACAGAAGAUGCGUAGUUCUGCCAUCAGAACACAUUUUGGUGGGAUUAAUUCCAGAUUGUUUUGUU